AUCAUUUUGUCAAAAGUUUAAAUUCUUUUUCCAUGAAUUUCUCUUAAAGAUUCAGCAGAUGAAAAAUGAGCUCUUUAGAUGAUAUCAACUGUCGUAAUACGACGAAAAUUCCGUCUGGAGAAAACAUGGACAAAAUAACAAUAAAAAAUGAAAAUGAUUCGUUUUCAGCGAAAGAAGCUGAGCCGGCUGAACCUGAUAAUAUUGAACAAAAAGAGUUGAAGAACGAAGUACCAUCGCUGGGAACUGAAAUCACGACGUCAGUGGAAGAAGAAUCUCAGAAGGAUAGCGAUGAAUGUCCAUCUCAGAAGGACAUUAGUGAAGAUGAAACACAAAAAGGGAAAAAAUUAUGGGCGCCAGUAUGGGAUCCAAAUGCACAGGCUUAUUACUGGUGGAAUAUGGAAACAAAUCAAACUACAUGGAUAAAUCCAGAAGAAGAAAUGGCAGUAACUACAUCUACCGAAACACCAGACACAACAGCAGCAGCUACAGAGAGGCAAACUACUGAAGAAGCAGAAGCAAUACCAGAGCAACCACAGUCAAACGACGCUCAUAACCCAUUAGACUUUUUACUAGAUAGAAUUGACAAUGUUGUGAAGAAAAAGUUAGAUGGAACACAGGACAAAGAUUCUUCUGCUUCUGCUAUAGAUGAUAUUACUGCAUCCACACCCUCUCUAUCAACUUCUGAUUAUUCUCAAUACUAUUAUUCACAAAACCCUUCCUCAUCUUAUGAUUCAUACUAUAAUACAUCAUCUGCAGAUCCAUAUACAAUACAAGCUCAUUUUGAUCCAAGAACAGGACGAUUCAAAAGCGAAAUAGAUGUCACUCGGCAUAACCCGGAGAAUCUCAGUAUAGAAAAUCGAGCAAAACGGCAAAUGCAGCAUUAUUUUGAUGUAGAUCAGUAUACUGAGCAAGUCAAUGCUCAGAGACAAAUGAUAGCAGAGGGAAGAGUGUCAAAAAAGAAGCAAUUAACGCGCAAAGAGAUAGAGCAUUUUAAAAAAAUGAAAAAAGAGAAAAAGUCUAGAAAAGCUAGAGAAUGGUUACUACAGUAAUAAUAAAUUGAUUACAAUUGAUACAUUAAAGAAAUUAUGAUAGCAG